AUGUUGAGCAGAAUAGAUAUUGAACUCAUAAUAGAUUAAAUAAUAUUUAUAGUCGAAUUAUUGAUUGCUGGUUAAGUAUUUCUUACUUUAAGAUAAUAGUUUGCCACUCCUUCAUUAACGUAUUUAAAUGAAUUGUAUAAAACUUUAGUUACACCCUUCAAUUUAUUUAAACAGGAUUAAUUAGGAUAUGUGAUAGCCAAUAUGGAAACAUUAAAAAAAAAAACUAAUUAAGAUUAUUUGAAGGGCUUUAAGAAAGGAAGUUCUAGAAAUCUUAAAAUAGCAAAUUAAUUAUAAAAAUCUAGAAAAGACUACUCUCAGUCAUUCGAAUAGUUUAUGCUUAAUUAUUAUUAUUUUGUUUGGAUGAACAUUAACCUGAUUAAAGUAGAGUCUUGA